UUCCGGAAGAUAAGAAUUAGAAAAUAUCCUGGCUUUGUUUUGUCAUGAAAAACGAUUAUUUCGCCACGAAAUUUACGUUGUAGCUUUGGGAAAUCUACGGUUUAUUAUAGAAAUUGUAUUCGUUUACUUUGUGAGUAAAUAGUAUAUAUUAUGGGGAAAUGUUUAUCAAUGUGUACGACGGCAGAGAAUGUAAAUACAACAUUAAAAUCGACAAGUAAUUAUGGCGAUGGGUCUCAAACAGAGGUAUAUGAACCUAGCCAAAUAAAAACACCACCGUCAGACUCAUUGAAAGUCGUAGAAAUACCUCGUUCUUACGUGACAAAGUCUGAUUACGACGAAACGAAGAUUGAAGCCAUGUUUCAGAAAUACAAAGAUGAAAGUGAGGACGCAAUUUUAGUAAAUGGAGUGGAACGAUUUUGUCAAGAUCUUCUUGUUCACCCGACAGAAUUUAUUGUUUUGGUGUUAGCUUGGCAAUUUAACGCCUCAAAAAUGUGCCGUUUUACUAGAGAAGAAUUCGUUGACGGGUGCAAAUUAUUGAAAGUCGAUAAUGUGAAUUCAAUUAAGAACAAAAUGGUCGAUAUUGAAAAAAGAGUUAGACUAAACAAUGAGGAUUUUCGCGAACUUUAUAAAUUUACGUUUGGAUUUGGCUUAGAUGUUGACGAGGGACAGCGAAGCCUGCCUGUAAACAUGGCUAUUCCACUAUGGAAGCUUGUUUUUGGUGAACAUGGCCCAGAAUAUAUGGAUAAGUGGUAUGACUAUAUUGAGGAAAAAGAGGUGAAGGUCAUACCCAGAGACACUUGGAAUAUGUUUCUUCAUAUGGCCGAAGCAAUAACACCUGACUUCAGCAAUUAUGAUGAGUCAGAAGCAUGGCCCAGUUUAUUUGAUGACUUUGUUGAAGCACAAAGACACAUGACUUCAAAUGGAAAUGCAGAGAUAACAAAAUAGAUCAUGAGAACUUAAUACAUCAAAUAUUAAAGAAUAAUUUAGUGAAGUGAGACACAAUAUUUUAUAUUAUUUUUAAACAUACAUUGCAGUUGGUCAUGUAUAUGAUGUGAUGGCAGAUAAUAGAGGCUCCAUAUAUCAUUAAAGCUUGACAAACUGUGAUGUAAUGAGAGUUAAUGUAACAAUGGGUCAAGAUAAUAUAAUGUCAUAAUGAAAAUGGUAAUAUCGACAAAGAUUAAAAAGUUGGCUUCCAUCCAGACUUGUUUUAUAAUCUGAUACAAAUGACAUGGCAGGAAGAUCAUUUAUUAAAACAAUUCAACAAGGAAAAUUGUAUCCUCACCAGCAGUGUAACUAGAACGAUAAUAUAAAUAUUUAUAUAUCCAGAUCUGCCCUACGGAUUUCUUUUGUAAUUGCACUA